GGGGCGUCUUUCCAGUGGCAGGGUGGGGGUGGGGGUGGGGGAGGGGAAAGGUAGCGCAGGGGCCAUGGUGGGGAAGGGGGAAAGAGAUCAGUGGAGGGGAAGGAGAGAAAAAGGAAAGUCUUUUUUUGUUUUUUAAUUUUUUUAAAACAAUCAAUGAAAUAACAACAAGAGGGUUAAUCAGUGCCACGUCAGCUACUGAUCUUCAACAACAAGUUUAAGAACCAGUCAUGCCCUACUGGAAGAAUUUCGGGUAAAAGUUUGUAUUAUUUAAAAAUUAUCAAAAAUUUGUAUUAUUGCGAGAGCACAGGCAAAAGUUUGUAGUUAAAAAAUCCUACACAUUUUCGAGAAUUUUCAAUAUGCAUAAGUUAAUAGGAUCUGAAUAGGUUAUUUUCAGUCAGAAAUGUCAACCUGAAAGACUGAUUAAUUUUUGAUAAAUUUGAUAGAAUUGAAAAUGGACUUGGGGAAUCCAAUAAGGAAGAGGAUAAUUCGGUUCACUUAUAAGACCAAAGGAGGUUCCAUACUAAAACUAAAUGGCAAUAAUAGAAGUCCUCUAGCUUAUAUUGUGAUAUUUUCUCUCCUUUUUCUCUAAUAUGAGACAACUUACAUAUGCACAACAUAUAUGAAAUCCAACCAUUCUAAACCUUCUCUAACCCAAAUUCAGACAAAAUAUAUUGUUAACAUGUUAACGUCAAUUUUAGUGUGUAGGCCAAAAAAUCAUCAGCAUGAGUCAUGAGUCAUGAGUCGUGACUUGUGCUAGUUGUGUAAGUGUAACACUUGUGUAAUAUAGAAGUGCUCAUGUUUAAAAUAUUCUAUUUGGUAUGUCAUCUUUUGUUCCUUGGACUCCAGAAAAAGAGCAUGUGCUACUACAAUCUCUGCAGUUUUAUGUUGCCAAGUACCCUUCUAGUAAGGCGUAAGCUUGUAGUAACUUCAGAUAUAAGCUUAUAAUGUUUUCCUUGUAAAAACAGCCAGAAAUUACAUAGAAGUUAGAAAGAAUCACAGUUGCAUGGAAAUAUGUCCCCCACUCGUGCAUUUGCACAUUUUAUGGAUCAUGAUACAAUAAAGCACAACCAAUCAUGUGAUGAAGACACAAAAUUGCCUGAGUAAGCAAAUGACCUGAGGUGGAAUAGCAGGCAUAGCAGUAUUUAUCGUACUACAUAUCAGUAAAUUAUACCCGUGGUCUGUGGAACCUUAACCCUGAGACUGUCUCAGAAGUAGAGACGGGAAGCGGGUUUCAUGGAACAGCUUCAAUUCGAUCCUUUUUGGGUUUUAUUGUCAAUUAACUUAUUACGAUAAACUAAUCAAUACUGGUAAUAAAUUUUCAGGCCGGGUCAGUUUUAUUAGUUCAGGUCAAAAUUGGGUCGGGUCAGUUUUAGUUCAGAAUAAAAUUGGAUUAUAUAGGUGUUUUUUGGAUUGGUUCGGGUUAUCAAGUACUGAUUGGUUUUUGAACGUCCAUGUAGAAGUGAAAUAGAACAAGAGUAUUGAUAGAGUAUAAAUCUAUUCUUAUGGCUUCAAUCAUCAGUUUAAGCUUUUGGUUGAGUUGGUCCUUUGACAUGGUAUCAGAGUCAGCGUGACAAAAAGGUCACGAGUUUGAAUCUCAUUCACCCCUCCUUUCUCAGUGGAAUAUUUAGCGCCAGGUAUGAGGGAGACUUGUGCUGCAUCCACACUUCAAUUCCAAAGGACUCUUGCGUGAGGGAGCGUGAUAGAGUAUAAAUCUAUUCAUGAAGCCUCAACCAUCAGCUUAAGCUUUGAUACCAUGUCAAAUGACCAAUUCAACCGAAAGCUUGGGCUGAUGGUUAAGGUCCCAUGAAUAGAUUUAUUAUACUCUAUCAAGUAUUACAUUUGGGAAAAACCGAAAGAAAAACAUAGGAGUUGCUGUGGCUUUUUCUUGACUUGUGAGACAAUAUUGUUGCUGCAGCAAAGCUGACAGCUAGCUUUGGCCUUGAUAACCAAGUAAAGGGUAAAGAGUCUCUAUGAGAACGACAUGCCACAAAAAUAGCUGGUCAACCAUUAAAAUCAUGUUAGCUGAAUCAAAAGAAUACAAAAGCAAGAGAUUCUUUUUGUCUCAUUUACUUCAAUGAUCUCUUUUUUUUAGUACUGAUUAUAAACCAAGAAGCUUUCAAGAUAUCCACUUCAUAUAUAUAGAUACCUUGAGAACUUCAAAGAGAUCAUAGAGAAAAUAAAAUGGCUAACUCUCCCUCAAAUCAACCUCAUCGUUCUAUUAGUUUACCAUCCAGACCUCACCCACUAGUCCCACAAAUUGAUGAACAUAUAUCUAGAUUAAGAUCCUCUGAGGUGGCUUCUACCUCAGUACCACAACUACCAUCACUAGGCCACAAACUUAACAUCCUCAAAGAUUUGUAUGAUUGUUUGGAUAACUUAAUCCUUCUCCCACAAAACCAACAAAAGUUGAUGCAAUUCUGCAAUGCCAGAUGCAUCGACGAGCUGCUCGAUGGAUCAUUGAGGCUCUUGGAUGUUUGUGGCAUUGUGAAGGAUGUAGUGUCACAAGUUAAGGAGCAAACACAAAAAAUGCAAUCUUCUCUUAGAAGAAGAUCCAAUGCAGAGUUAAGCAUUGGUGAUGAAAUUGUUGGGUAUGUAAAUAUGAGGAAGAAGACAAAGCCGAUGAUGAAGAGAUGCACAAAAGAUGUUAAGGGUAUGAUGAAAAAAAUUACUUGUCAAAAAGGAGGAGAUCAUGAGAAUGUUGUAAUGGUUAGUGUUUUAAAGGAAGUUGAGGGAGUAACAGCUGAGAUCUUUGAGUCCUUAUUAGAUGCAAUUUCUGGUUCAAAGGCACAAUUUUAUAAGAGAGGUGCUAGUUUGUCCCUUGUUAUGUGCAAGCUAAUUAUGUACCAAAGUGAGGCAUUUGAGAAGGAAGAAGAAGAGGUUUCAAAAAACGAAUUCGAAGACGUUGAUUCAACUUUGAGUUCAUUGAUCAUUACUCAAAAGAAGAGAAGUUGUCUCAAUGUAUUGCAAGCUGAGAAUUUGAGGCGGCAACUGGUGAAGUUAGACUCGACGAUUCAGGAUUUGGAUGAAAUUCUGGAAGGUUUGUUCAGGUGUCUGGUGAAGACCAGAGCAACACUUCUUAAUAUCUUUUACUAUUGACAGUUAAGAAAACAGUCAGAACCACCUAAAAAACAAGAAAGAAGAAAAGAUUUCACAGAAUCCACCUCUGAAAGGAGAAUACAUGUAUAAAUUAAUAAGUGAACUAUGUCUUUCUCAUUCUCAAAUUAUGUACUCCUUGUUAGUGGUCCUUUUGACUAGAUAUUGUAAUUAACCAUAUCAAUACUUGCUUAUAUGAACACUUUCUUUCACAAAUUGUGCAUUGAUGUGAUGAUGAUUGUCUUAUCACUCUUGAUUUUAACAA